AUGAAGCGUGCCAAACAUGUCCUCAGAUAUCUUAAAGGAACCCAAGAUAUCGGCCACCAUUAUAACGGAGACAGCUCAUUGGAUAUAUACUGCGAUAGUGAUUGGGCUAGUGACAAGGGUGACAGGAAAUCAAUCACAGGAUACAUUGUUAAAUAUGGUGGAUCUCCAAUGUCGUGGAAAAGUAAGAAACAGUCCAUAGUAGCCAUUUCGGCCGCUGAAGCUGAGUAUCUCGCAUUGAGUGAGGCUGUCAAGGAAGCGUUAUGGAUUAUUCGGUUGUUCCGUGAGAUGUGUGUUCCAUUAAAAUUGCCUAUACCAAUCCAUGAAGAUAAUUACUCAUGCAUACUCCUCGCAGAGCAUCCUGUAUUUCAUUUGCGCACUAAGCAUAUUGAUAUACGCGAUCAUUUCAUAAGAGAGCAUAUAAUAAGAAAAGAAAUAAACUCUGUCAGAUUGAUACCAAUUCACAAACUACAGACAUGCUGA